AUGUUCCUAUCUAUCUAUCUAUCUAUCUAUCUAUCUAUCUAUCUAUCUAUCUAUCUAUGUCCCCCUCCACCUAUAUAUACACCGUCUAAUAACCGGAGUUCCUUCCAUUACAAUAUACCCCAGUUGAUUACCGAUCUUCUCCACCUAAGUAUACACCACCUGAUAACCAGGGUCCUAUCCAUACAGUAUAAUCCAGAUGAUACCGCGGAUCUUCAGCUCCUCACUGAUUACCGGAGAUCUCUUUCACCUCAGUAUACGCCACCUCAUAGUCGGUGUUCCCUCCAUCACAAUAUACUCCAUCUGAUCACCGGUGAUCCCCUCCACCUCAAUAUACGUGAUCACCGGGGAUCUCUUUCGCCUCAGUGUGCACCUCCUGGGCAGCGGAAUUCCCUCCAUCACAAUGUACUCCAGCUGAUUACCGAGGAUCACCUCCACCUCAAUAUACUCCGCCUGAUCAUCGGGGACCUCCUCCACUUCAGUAUACUCCGCCUGAUCACUAGAGUUCACUCUUUCACAAUAUACUCCAGCUAA